ACACAACCACAAAAGCGAAAAGGUGAGCGGUACAAAAAAAGUAAACAAAGCUCACCAACGCGCGCGCGCCGCGGCUCAGGCCGAGAAGAUCAACAGCGAAAACGGGCAUCUGCUUAUAUCAGCAAAGAACAACAUUGUUUGAUACACCACCACUACAAGGAUAGCGUAGCGGGGUGAUAGCGAUGGCAUCAACGCAGUCGAAGUUCAAGGGAUGGUCGUUUCACUUUGAUGAAUCAGAAGGUACGGCACGGGUGUCAGGAAAACGUGGUCGUCGGCGUCGUGGAGUGUCUGAAGAUCGGAUGUUUCUGAGGCGAGAGGCCGAUGGCCUGGAGGUGAGGCCCGGUCAAUCGCUUGUUGUUAAUGAUCCCGCCGAUGGCGAGCGUUCUGUUAUGCUGGUAAGGUCUGUUGACUUUGGUAUUGAAGGUUAUAUUGAGGUGAUUGCGUUGGGAUUUCUCACGCCGGAUGAGGUUGAGGAGCCUUCAUUUGAGGUGCAAAGCCAGGAGCUGUUCCUGACAGCUACUCUGUACAGCAUCCGCUGCGAGGACAUCAUCGAGAAUGCGACGGUGUUGAACGAGGCCAACUUUGCAAAGAUCGUCAUCGAUGACUCCAACAGGGAUAGAACGUUCAUUUGCAGAAGAGGCUACGACCACUACUAUGGCUGGUUCAGCGAGUGUUUUGAUAUCGACCGGGCCUGCCAGUGUUUAGCUGAAGAUCACGAUAAGGGAUUCGAGUUGAUCAAGAGUAUUAUCGUUAAGACAUUGAGCUCAGCAACGAAGCGUCGUUGUGGUCCCACGAACCUUUCACUCACACCUGAGCCGGAUUCUGAAGUUCAAACUGCCCAAGACCCAAAGGGGAAGAUACGAAAGAACGGGUCAAGCGAUAAAUGGCGUUUAAAGAGCAAACGGAUUAAACUUGAAGAGGUUCCAAUAAAUGAAAGUGGAGAGGAUGAUUCACAAGAUGGAUCAGAAGCAGUAUAUGAAGAGGGUGAAGAAAUGACCGAUGAAUCAGAUGAAGGCGGAAGCCCAUCUGCAGAUGAUGCUGAUUUCAGGCCAUCGUAUAUUCCUACAGGCCGUCCAAGAGGCAGGCCAAGGAAAAGCGGUCCAGGGACGAGAACCACUGGUUAUAUCUCAACAGGUCGUCCAAGAGGUAGGCCUAGAAAGGAAGUUAAAGUAAAUACUGGCGACGAUGAGGAAGAAGAUAAUGAAGAAGACGAAGACGAUGAGGAAGAAGAAGAUGAUGGCAAGUAUAGAAAAGGCAAAACACCAGUCAAACGAGGAAGAGGACGCCCGAGAAAGAGCCAAGAGGAAUAUAGUCCCAUAAAGAAAGAUGGCAAGAGAGAUUACUACAAGAACCCGUACCUGCUCGGCCCUAAAACACUGGCCAUAAAGAAAGUUGAUAAGAAUGAACUUACCCAGAGCGCAAUUGAAUCAAUGGCCGAGCUGCCGUGCCGUGAGCAGCAAUUCACAGACCUAUUUUUAACCCUCGAAGGUGCUAUUCAGACAGAAAGCGGUGCUUGUGUCUACAUCAGCGGUGUCCCUGGAACUGGAAAGACAGCCACUGUGCGUGCAACUAUUAAGGAACUACACAAAAUGUCGGAGGAUGGUGAGUUGAACAAGUUCGAUUAUGUUGAAAUUAACGGGAUGAAGCUUCUUACACCGCAGUCUGCCUACGAGAUUUUAUACAACAAGAUUGACGAUAAGAAAAAGGUUCCAAUAUCAGGAUUGGCUGGUGUACUCGAGAAACACUUCGCAUCUGGAAAUGCAAAGAGGCCAUUUGUCUUGCUAAUGGACGAAUUGGAUCAAUUAGCCGUUAAAUCACAAGCCGUGAUGUAUAACUUUUUCAACUGGCCUACUCUUUCCAAAUCAAAGUUGAUUGUUAUUGCCGUUGCUAACACUAUGGACUUACCUGAAAGGGCCCUUACAAACAAGGCUAUAUCGAGACUGGGUCUUGAAAGAUUUCAGUUUCCUUCAUACAAGCACGAAGAAUUAGUGGAGAUUAUAAAGUCAAGAUUCCAUCAUCUUCCGGAUAAUGUGAUCAUGAAAGACGAUGCUGUUGAGUUUGCAGCUAGAAAAGUUGCAUCCGUUUCUGGUGAUGCUAGAAGAGCCUUGAAGAUUUGUCAUCGUGCAGUUGAGAUCGCAAAGGAGAAUGCUGUUUUGAAUCAUGAGGGCCCAGUGAUUGUACAAGCUGCUCAUAUAAACAAAGCAGCAUUGGAAUCCACAACGUCAUCCAUUCAUGUAUACCUCUCAGAUAUGUCACUUGUGGGAAAACUCUUUCUCGUUGCACUGCUUUCUAAGAAGCGUAAGAGUGGGUUAGCUGAAAACGUACUGGGUGAAGUGAUUGAUGAAAUGAAACAGCUCCUAUCAAUACAUACACUUAAGGACAAGAACGAUAUCACAAACGGGGAAGCCUCUGUAUCAGAGGUCUUGUACAAGGAUUUCAUAAUCAGGCCCCGUGGAAUUGAAUACGUUCUAAACGAACUGGUGGAAGGUGGAGUGAUCUUGGUGAAGAAGAAUGAUACUAUUCGAAACACAAUGGUGAAGUUAGACAUUGCAGAUGACGAGAUUACGUCCGUUUUCAGAAGGGAUAAAUCCCUGAAGCCCUUUUCUGAUAUCAUAGGCGAAUCAUCUACGUAGCUGAUUAACGGU